AUGCCGUCUCAGGUAAACUCGCCGGCUAUUCUUCACUUGAGGGAUUUCAUAGACACCGUGGGACCCGACCCAUCUCGACCAGAACAGGGCCUUGCUCUACAAAUUGGGUCUGCCUUACAUCUUCCUUUUCAAACGAAUCUCUACUCGGACGACGUAGAAUUGAAUGAGCUUCCGACUACUAUACAAUUCUUCGCCUCGCCGAGCAAUCCACAAUCCUACGAACCGAACAAGUUCAUCUAUGCUUGGGGCCCAUUCUUCACUUCUGUCGACCCAGAUGGGGUUCUACAUUUAAUUUUACACGCCCAUGAAGUUGACUGUCAUCCAGGCGACCAUUCUAAUUCGCAUACGUACAAUAUGCACUGCCCAGAGGCCGCUCUCCCUUCAGUUGCCUUACUAGGAAUAGUUCGAAGUGGAGGGGGACAGUUAAACAACGGGUCUACUCUGUUACAUUACGACCUCGAGACUAAUGUCUACGACGUCCCCAACAAGGCGUCAGUGACAUUUACUGUUUCUAUUUACUUCAGAAACGGAAACCGUUGGACAAAAUUUCCCGCUCUUGCUAGGCAGUCUCGCAUAUUUAUCACCGGGAGGAUUUUCGGUGUCACUAAUAACACGCCCCGGCUCGCAAUUGGCGUGGAUGAUGUUUAUUUUAUUCCAAAUCUCAGUUCCAUUACAACCGCUCCAGUGACUCCUAGCUCAUCGGCGGGGAAGCAAAAGCAAGCAGACAGAUGGAACAGCCGUGCCAACCCAAUAACUCCAGUAAAGAGACCUCUGAUGCUGACCUCCAACUCUGAUUCUCAACCACAAGACGACGAUGUCCAAGCCUGUCCCUCUAGUGAGGCACAUCUUCCAAUAGCAUCGGAACUUUGUGACGAACCCAUCAGCAAGGAGACAACUACUGACAAUCUGACUCGCUUGGAAGAC